AUGUGGAUGCCGGAUCUCGACCAGGAGCGGUUGGUGUGCUGGCUCAAGCUGGACAGUCCCGCCAGCAUCGCGCUGGACGCGGCGAGCGUCCUGCUUCCGAUCAAGGUGGGCAGCCCCAGACCCGUUCCGCUGGGCAAGGGCAUGUACAAGUCAAUAUGGGGCAUCGAGUUCCUAGCGGGCUCCUGCGUCAUGCUGCACCCAGACGCUCUCUGCACGGACAGGGUACCAGGCCUGCUGACCACGGCCUCCCCGCUCGACACCUGGGCGGUGGUGGGCAACGAGCCGAGCAACCAGGAGCCCUACCAGUGGUACGAUCCAGACAAGCCGAACUACCGGCACUUCACCAUCACUUGCUGGUUCUUCUGGCCGCUGCACUCCUCCGGCCCGCUGCGGGGGCUCUCCCAGGACCCGCUCCUCAGCCGGGGGCAG